AUGGCGUCGUUUUACAAGAAACUAGCAGCAGUGGUCGUUGGCCUCACCUUGGCCAUGCUCAUCGCGUCAAAUGGUGAAGAAACUUCCUCAUUUGGCGGAUCAGCACUCUGUGAUUCGAGCACGGGUGUCACCUGCACGUCCGACGCGGGUUGCGUGACCAUCUGCAAGAAAAAGGCGGGACAAAACUACGUCUAUGGCUACUGCAGCGGCGGCGGACGUUCAUGCAUGUGCGCCGAGCGGUGCGGUGCACAAUCGACUCUGCCGCCGCUCGAGAAGAAGCCAGCGCCGGCAGCGCCGGCAUGGCGCGGGAUGGGAAUGCUAAAGUGA